AUGGGCGACCUCGUCAAAGAAACGAGCCAGCUUCAGCUCGGCUCGCCUCCAUUUGGGAAGGCCAUGCUGAAGGAAUUCCUCAUCGACCCGGCUUAUCGUAACAUGAACAAUGGGUCCUUCGGCACUAUUCCUCGUCACAUCCAAGCCGUCCUCCGCUCCUACCAGGACCAGGCCGAAGCACGGCCUGACCCCUUCAUCCGCUGGACCUACAUUGACCGACUCAACGAAUCCCGCCAGGCUAUAGCAGAAGUCCUCAACGCACCCCUCUCCUGCACCGUCUUCGUCUCCAACGCUACCGUCGGCAUCAACACAGUUCUCCGCAACCUAACCUGGAACCCUGACGGCCUCGACGAGAUCCUCUACUUCUCCACCGUCUACGGCGGCUGCGGCAACAUCAUCGACUAUGUCGUUGAUAUCAGCGCCGGCCUCGUCUCCUCCCGCGGCAUCACCCUCGCGUACCCCCUCGAGGAUGACGAGAUCGUUGCCCUCUUUCACGAAACCGUCGCCAAAAGCCGCGCCGAGGGCAAGCGCCCCAAGGUCUGCCUCUUCGACGUCGUCUCCAGCCUGCCGGGGAUCGCGUUCCCCUACCAGGCCGUGACCGCCGCCUGCCGCGAGCUGGGCAUCAUGAGCGUCAUCGACGGCGCCCAGGGCGUGGGGAUGGUGCCCCUGGACCUCGCCGCCACGGACCCGGACUUCUUCGUGUCCAACUGCCACAAGUGGCUUCACGUCCCGCGCGCGUGCGCCGUGUUCUACGUCCCCGAGCGGAACCAGCACCUCAUAGCCUCGACGGUGCCGACGUCCCACGGCUACGUGGCCCGUUCCGGGGUGCGGCGUCACAACCCGUUCCCGGCGGCCGACGAGUCCCCUUUCGUGAGGGCCUUCAACUUCGUGGGCACCCUCGACAAUGCCCCGUACCUGUGCGUCAAGCACGCCAUCGAGUGGCGCAAGAGCAUCGGCGGAGAGGACAAGAUCUUCGAGUACCUCUGGACGCUGGCCAAGGAGGGCGGCAAGAAGGUCGCUGCCGCGCUGGGCACCUUCAUCCUGGACAACAAGUCCGAGACGCUGACCAAGUGCGCCAUGGUCAACGUCGCGCUGCCGAUCGUCACGGGCGCCGCAGACGUGGAGGCCAUGUCGGUUGCCCCGGACGGCACGGUGACGGUGCCGGAGAAGGAGGCUUCCGUCGUCGUCAACUGGAUGCUGAAGGCACUGGUGAACGAAUACCUCACCUUCGUUGCCUUGUUCUGGCACCAGGGCCGCUGGUACAUGAGGGUCAGUGCGCAGGUUUUCCUGGACGAGAAAGACUUUGAGUGGCUUGGCAACACGAUGAAGGAACUUUGUCAGCGAGUUAGGAAACAGGAAUACAAGGCCAAAGCCGAAGAGGGGACCAAAUGA